GUUGAAGCGGUCGAGAGGACGAGUCAGUUAAAACCAACGUAGAGGGUUAAAGUUGAAUAUGACUUCCCACCAACUCAAACACACGGACAGCUGUCCAGACACACCGCCGGCAGGGAAACGUGUACCUGCAGGAGACCGGGCCAAAUGCUGCUUCCAAGAUGCACGGGCCCUCACCCCGCCGGGGGUCAGGAGAUUCCGCAACAGCAUCCAGCCGCAGCCAGGAGCCAUCAGAGUGCACCAAGGGAAGGCGAAUGAUCCAAAUGUUGCCGGCACCCUUGUUCACGGCAUCUGCACCGAACCCGGGGUCACUGUCAGAAGUUUGCUGAAUCCUCCCCAAAAGACCUUGUUCCAGGAGAAGUUGCAAGAGCUCAGGGAAGCCUCCAGCCAAAAGGCGGUGGGGAGGUCACAUGAUCAGCAUGUCGGACUUCCCACGAACAAUGAAGCAACAUAUGGUGUGAAGACAGUUAAAGGGUUGGAUGUGCGUGAGCUUGUUAACCCUUCAAAGACCGUCGACGAGGUGGAGAGGGAAGCUCAGGAGGGACACGAGGCUUACCUCCGCAGCCACAACGCCUACUUUGUUGGUGAGAGGAUCGAUAGGAAGUACGCCGGGACUCACUUCAGUAAAGACGGCAGCUUCGGGAUCGCCACCCCUCAUUUCAGCGACGGCCGUUCCGUUGGCAGAAGCCUCCAGUGGCUCGGGGAGACGCAGAAGUUCCACAAUCCAAACCCUGUCUGGAAGAGAUCUGGGACCAAGGAAAAGAUGGAGGCCCAAAUUGGCCAAAUGACCAAAGUGAGAGGAAACUCCUUGAAUCUUUCACCAGAUCACACUUUUGGAAAACUCAUGCCGCCGGAUGAAUUUGGUGUUGGAGAUUUAAUCCACUCCACGGAGCCCGGCCAGUACGCGAGAGGUCGAGACCGCCGGCGCAGCCUGGUCAACGCAGUGCGACACCGCCUGAAGAAGCUCAACUUCCACCUCUUCCCCUCCUUGCUGCAGGCGUUCAGGAACUAUGACAAGGAGGGCAAGGGCAGGAUCGACAAAGAGGACGUGCAGGCCGUGUGUCGCCAGUUCCAUCUGGACGUGAGCGGGCCGGCUCUGGACGCCCUGAUGGACGACUGCGACACGGACGAGGACGGACUCAUCAACUUCCUGGAGUUUGCCAACUUCCUCAACUGGAAGGACAAGAUGCCCGUCAACAGUCGAGAGCAAUGCAUCCUGACGAGCGAGGUUGCACCCAGCACGGCUCCGGACAACACAGAGGGGAAGCCUCAGUCGGCCUUAAUUAGGCCCGAGGACCUGGACCCCAUAAAGCCAGGGAGCUCGCUGAAGACCCCCAGGACCCUGAGGCGACCCAGAGUAAACCCAGACCACUUCAUGACCUCCUCCGCCCUCAUCGGGUCCGUCAGUGAUCCGCCCACAACCAACGGACGCACCUAUGGGAUCCCGUCCGUGCGCUCCGACCUCUCAGCUCCGCGCAUCAGGAGAGUCGACGACACCAACAACUACGGGGAUACGUCCACGGCCGCAGAGCUUCUGCAUCCGUCAGUUCACGCCCUGCAGGGUGUUUACGAGCAACACUUCUUCUGCCCUCGCAGCAAGGAGGAGAUUGCAGAGAUUUUCAGUAAUGUGUGUGACAAUGUUCCUGAAGAGACGUUCGAAGCAGCCUGGAAUCUGGCGUCCGUGAAGCAUCCGGCCGGCGAGGUGUGUGUCGAGGUUUUCCGUAAUGCACUGAAGGAAAUAAAAGCAAUAUGAUGACAUCAACAAUAUCUCCACUAUACAUCGGCCAAAACUUUGUGGCUCCAAAAGGUUUUAGUUUGACGCAUUUUUAUGACAAAUAUGAGGAAGAAAAAUGGAUUUCUGCAACUCAAAAUGUCAAAAUGACAAGUAAACCUUCACCUGAAGAACGCGGUAGUCGAGCUGUAACAUAAUGUGAACAUCUCUGUAUUUUAAACUCCUCAAAGAUCCUUCUUGUUUAUGCAAACCCCAAAUCUCUCCUUUUCAUUUCCUU